GGGGCACACGGCGCGGGCUCCGGGCUUCUUCCCUCGCGAGCUCCCUGCGCUGGCGUUUCAGCAGCGUCUCAACUGACGAGAGCCAACAUGGGGGCCGUGGCCGCCAAGCGCUGCGUCGAGUGGCUGCUGGGCCUCUACUUCGUCUCGCACAUCCCCAUCACGAUGUUCAUAGACCUGCAGGCGGUGCUGCCGUCCGAACUGUACCCGAAGGAGGUCAGCCGUCUGUUGAAGUGGUACUCCAGGGAGUUCAAAGACCCUCUGAUACAGGACCCUCCAGCGUGGUUCAAGUCCUUCCUGUUCUGUGAGCUUGUGUUCCAGCUGCCUUUCUUUCCCAUUGCAGCAUAUGCUUUUAUCAAAGGAAACUGCCGAUGGAUCCGAAUCCCUGCAAUCAUGUAUGCAGUUCACACUAUAACAACUUUAAUUCCAAUCCUCUACACAUUUCUACUUGAGGAUUUCUCCAAAGCUGUUGGUUUCAAAGAACUAAGACCUGAGACUUUCCACGAACGACUGACCCUCAUAGGCAUCUAUGCCCCUUACUUAAUAAUCCCCCUUAUACUCCUUCUGUUCAUGCUGCGGAACCCUUACUACAAGUAUGAGGAGAAAAGAAAGAAAAAAUAAGGGACUAGCCUGGUUGGGAAGAUCCCACAGCACAGUUGUCUUUUGGACGAGAAAACUGCUCUGAACCCGUUUCAGCAGCAUUUGAAACACACCAACAGCAGAACAAGAACAAGACAGUAGCAAGAGUGAUGACAAGCCUUCACCUUCCAAGGGCUUAACACACCAGGUUACAACAAAAUUGGUGCCAAAGCACUGCUAAAAACGAGAUGAGAGGCUGCUUGGCGCCUGACCUAGAAGUCACACUCUAGUCAACAAAUGAGCACUGAGGUGUUUCAGGCCUCUUUAAAAUCUUCCUGCCCAUACCUCUACCUUAGGAGAAAAGUGUAUUAUAGCCUCACAUGAGUGUAAGCUGAAAUAGGUUGUGGUGGAAGAAAGGCACUUCCAUUUCUAUCUUUAACAGACUGCCUGGUCUUUCAAUUCUGCAGAUACUGGUCCAUAGUUUCCCCACUCUGGCAUUUCUGGAUAGCUUUGUCCUUUCUCAGCCUGGCCCUUCCUGUCCAGAGUUGGGGUAAGAGUGUGACCGGCCCAGUGUGUGUCUGCUGCUCCACUGGCUCUCCUGCUGCUAGGCAGUGCUGUUUUUGCUCACAAAAAAAAAACCAUGUUGCUGUGGUUAUUACUGUCUGACUUGUGUGUCUGGUCCAAAUAAAGGUAGCUGCUGAUCA